AUGAAUAUGCCGAAGCACACUCGCUCGUCCAGCUCGAGCCAUAAUCGCUACUCGAACCCGAACGCCAUGCCUGUAUCUCUCGCUCCGUCGGCUCCGGUCCCUAUCUACAGCACACGACCAUCUCUACCCUUAAACACGGGAGGAUAUUAUCCUACUAUCGCCUCAACAUCGGCGCAGCCUCCCAUGCAACAGCAGUACGAUGCCUAUCCCGCGGACGUAGUGACUCAGGCCCCGAUGCCUAAUCGUCCUUCUUCCGGAGCCUGGACGGUCCAGGAUGAUCAAAACUUGUUGGCAGCUAGGCAGCAGGGCCUCAACUGGGCUCAGAUUCAAAGCAGCUACUUUCCGAACAAGUCGCCUAAUGCCUGCCGGAAACGCCACGAGCGGUUGAUGGAGCGAAAGGGUGCCGACGACUGGGACAACAGAAAGCUGGAACGCCUGGCCAAAGAGUAUAUGAGCAUGCGCAAAGAAAUCUGGCAGCCUCUUGCGGCGCGCACGGGAGAGAAGUGGUUAGUUGUCGAGGCCAAGUGCAUGAAUAACGGUCUGAAGAACUUGCAGUCGGCUGCUCGGUCAGCAGCGCGACGGGAGAGGCUGGAAUCUGGCCAUCCAAUGCAUGGGUAUGACGACGAUAGCGGCAUUUCAGGCAUUGGUCUGACUCCAGUAGAUGACCUCGAUGCCUCUUACAGCAGCCCCGAGACGACAGCGUCUAGCUCGCACUCGGGCGGCAGUAACGGUGGCGGUUACGGCGGUGCCAUGCAUCCCAUGGCUCUCAGCAGCAACCCGUACGGUGCUAAUUACACCACCAGCGCCGGCGGGCUCUCCUCCAGCUACGGCUCUUCCGUCUCUUCUACGGCCGCUGCUGCUCAUUACAGCAACGCGAUGCACGGAUCUCAUUCUCAGGGAGGCUCUCCUUAUAUGGGCGACGGGCAAAGGCUCCCCAGCGUCGAUAUGGGUAUCGACGCCAUAAUUAAUCGACCGGGUCACAACGGCGGUCAUGCUCACGGCAUGUGA